AUGGUUCGCGUCUGCACCGUUGUACUGGCCCUGGCUCUGCGCAAGGCCCAGGGCCACAUCUACGAGCUAUACCCCAUGUCGCGGUCCUUUGCGAACAGCGAGUCCUUCCUCGACAAGGACGACCCGAACUUCGACGGAUGCCCCCACUGCUAUAACGCCCAUGGAUCCGCAGGGACAAAGGCGCGGGGGAUUGAGCUCAUGGACCCGGACGUGCUCGAAAGCCACGGCGGGGGGAGCGAGUUCCCGCUGGCCUUCGUCCCGCUGGCCCCGAACGGUAACUACCUCGAGCCCAACGAGGUCGCCGUCCGCCACGGCGUGUGCGGCGAUCCCGAGCAGACCAAACCUGCGGGCAGCAACACGUACAGCACGGCCAGCAGCAACUGGGAACCCCUGGCCACGUACCGGAGCGGGCAGGUGCUCGAGUUUGUCAUCGUCAUGAACGCCCACCACUGGGGUCACCUCGAGUUCUUCAUUUGCAACGCCGACAACGAUCCCGACGGUAUCCCCACCCAAGAGUGCUUCAACGAAUACCCACUCACGCGCGCGGAAGGAGACGAUGACAACAGUCCAAUCGAUCCCAACUUCCCGGGGCGCUACUAUUGCGACCCGACUUGCCGCGGGCAGACGGGCGAGGUGGACCAGACCAAGCCCCUGCACGCCAUCUCCGGCGAGAACAUGAAGAUGCGCUACGUGCUGCCGGACAUCGAGUGCUCGCACUGCAUCCUGCAGAUGGUGUACCACACCGGGAACACUUGCCACCACAUCGGGUACGAAGAGUUCAACCCUCCCUCGUGGCCUAGCGCCUGCGCCCCCAACAAGGAAGACUGGGUGGACACCACCCGGGAGGCGUGCGGGCAGGGGGGCUACUACCCCGAGGAGUUCUGGGCGUGCUCCGACUUUAGCAUCACGCGCGAUGCGACGCCGCCGAGCCCAACCCCCUCGGUGGAGACCAUUCCCCCGGUUAACGAGCCAACCGAGUGUGCCGAGGAAUGGGGACAGUGCGGUGGUGCCGGCGGGGGCGCUGUGGAUGGUGUCUGGACAGGCCCCACCUGCUGCGUGUCUGGGACCACCUGCUCUUACAAGGACGAGUGGUGGUCUGAGUGCCGCCCGACGGGUGACAGCAGCUCCGACGACACCCCGGAAGAACCCACGGAGUGUGCCGAGGAGUGGGGACAGUGCGGCGGUGCUGGCGGGGGCGCCGUCGACGGCGUCUGGACCGGCCCUACCUGCUGUGUCUCCGGUUCAACGUGCACCAAGAAGGACGUGUGGUGGUCCGAGUGCCGCCCAGAUGACUACGACGGCCGCUGA